AUGAGUCAUAAAAGAGAUAGAGAUGAUAAGGAUAAGAAACAAAAGUUCAGACCUGGUGGACAUGUUGGAAAGGAACAAAGAGAGUACUUUAUAAAGGCAUUCGAUGAGGUUAGAAACCUUGGUGCUACACAAUUCGACGUCAAGGAGAAGAAGACAUUCGCUCGUCAGAAACUCGUCGCACAGGGAAGGAAGGUGGCCAGACAUCCACAGCCUCUAAAGGACUCAUUAAGCAGGCGCAAGAAAGAGAAGAAGAUCUAUGAACGCGAUGUAUUAAAUGCUGCAGCCAAUGGAGAUACUAUACCAAAGAAGCCUUCGAUGAUGAAGAAGAAUGAUGAGGAGAAGAAGGAUCGUGGACUGACAAUGAAGAAUGGCAGGUUCGCAGAUGGCAUGCAUUACCUUUCAAAGAACGAUGUCAAGAAUGUAUAUACAAAGAAGGAGAAGAAGAGGUUCUAA